CUGAGCCCCAAAGUUGUCCGUUCUUUACUACUCAUCUUCAGCUGUGAAAAAGCAGCCAGUCCAACUUGGAAAAGAGAAAAAAAAGUCGUUCUUUGCCAACAAAUACUCAAAAGAAUGUUGUUCAUUCGCUCACUCAUCGUUUUUGCCGUCGCUAUUGGCACCUCCGCUUCCCCGGCCCCGAACCCUCAAGCCGACACCACCCCCGCAAAAGACCGAUGCGCCGACGUCACUUGCCCGAAAAAUUCGUUCUGCAAAGUCUUCGAUUUUCGCCUAGAGAAACCUGUCGGAUGUCAAGCGAACGGUACUGUGGCGGCCGAUGCUGAAACUUGCGGUAGUGUUAUCUGCCCGGUUGGAUUAACAUGUUGCAACUCGCCAUGCGGCGUUUGCACGUCGCCAGGAGUGCCAUGCGUGAAAUGGGUCUGCUGAAGCACUGAGAGACAGUAUCUUCAUUUCGGGAACAAUAUCAUUGUCAGGAGUUGGGUGUCGUUCGGAUCAUACAUACAACAGGGCAGCAUUACGAUACGGGUCCUCUCGGAAAUUUUGGAAACAAUGCUAGGGAUCGGCAAUAGAUCAUCAUACACAUGAAUUCAGUACUAGAAAAUCGACCACAUCAUUCGUUCUUCACUGUUGAGUUGGCAG